AGCUCGGGCUGGAUAAGGGCUCAGAGUUGCACUGAGUGUGGCUGAAGCAGCGAGGCGGGAGUGGAGGUGCGCGGACUCAGGGAGACGGACAGAUACAGGCAGGCAGGCAAGACGGCAGCAGAGUCCGAGCUGCAAAUCUUAUUUUCUUUUCCAUUUUCUCACCAACUGCCCAGAGCUAGCGCCUGUGGCUCCCGGGCUGGUGUUUUGGGGAGCGUCCGGAGAGCCCCUUCUCCAGCCGCCCCCAGGAGGAGAGCCCCGCUUCCCCGGAGCUGGUGACAGCGCAGAGAGCGGCGACAGUCUGUCCGGGGAAGUCCAGAGAGCCGCUGCAGCGGCAAAGAACUUUCCUGACCAGGGGGACAGGGGACAAGUGGCCCGAGUCCCGGAGCGAACUUUUGCAAAGCUUUCCUGCGCCCGAAGCUGCCGCGGCGGCGAAGACAGGAAGGCGGCGGAGAGAGGAGACCAAGGAGGGACGUGCGCUCAGUUUCACUCGCACCGGUUGCUGAACUUGGGCGAGCGCGAGCAGCGGCUGCCCGGCGCCCCCUCCCCCUCGCAGCGGAGGAGGGGACAGUCGUCGGAGUCCGGGCGGCGGACACCCGCUGCCGGCCGGCCACCGCGGGAUCGACGCUGACUGCCGCCGCCGGCAGGGCCGCUGUCGCCGGGAAGCGUGUUCGUCUGCGGGCUCCCAGGGACGGCUGCGCCAAGAGCGCUCCGUGAGCGACCGCGACUUUUCAAAGCCGAGCAGCGCGCGCGAGCUGACAAGUUAAGAGUGCUGGCGGCAUCUGAACCCUGAGCGCCUGGGAGCGAGCCGGUGAGCAGGGCGCAGGGGGGAGGACAGCCGGCGGGUGCGCGCGCCCCUCGAGAAACUUUCCCUGCCCAGGGCCCCGGGAGGGGUGUCCUCCGCUCGCCAGCGCGCUGUUGCGGCCCCGAAACUUCUGCGCGCAGCCCAAACUAACCCCACGUGAAGUGACGGACUGUUCUAUGACUGCAAAGAUGGAAACGACCUUCUACGACGAUGCCCUCAACGCCUCGUUCCUCCAGUCCGAGAGCGGUGCCUACGGCUACAGUAACCCCAAGAUCCUGAAGCAGAGCAUGACCCUGAACCUGGCCGACCCGGUGGGCAGCCUGAAGCCGCACCUCCGGGCCAAGAACUCGGACCUCCUCACCUCGCCCGACGUGGGGCUGCUCAAGCUGGCCUCGCCCGAGCUGGAGCGCCUGAUAAUCCAGUCCAGCAACGGGCACAUCACCACCACGCCGACCCCCACGCAGUUCCUGUGCCCCAAGAACGUGACAGACGAGCAGGAGGGCUUCGCCGAGGGUUUCGUGCGCGCCCUGGCCGAACUGCACAGCCAGAACACGCUGCCCAGCGUCACGUCGGCGGCGCAGCCGGUCAGCGGGGCGGGCAUGGUGGCUCCGGCGGUGGCUUCCGCGGCGGGCGGCAGCGGCAGCGGUGGCUUCAGCGCCAGCCUGCACAGCGAGCCGCCGGUCUACGCCAACCUCAGCAACUUCAACCCGGGCGCUCUGAGCAGCGGCGGUGGGGCGCCCUCCUACGGCGCGGCCGGCCUGGCCUUUCCCGCGCAGCCCCAGCAGCAGCAGCAGCCCCCGCAGCCGCCGCACCACCUGCCCCAGCAGAUCCCCGUGCAGCAUCCGCGGCUGCAGGCCCUGAAGGAGGAGCCGCAGACAGUGCCCGAGAUGCCCGGGGAAACGCCGCCCCUGUCCCCCAUCGACAUGGAGUCGCAGGAGAGGAUCAAGGCGGAGAGGAAGCGCAUGAGGAACCGCAUCGCUGCCUCCAAGUGCCGGAAAAGGAAGCUGGAGAGGAUCGCCCGGCUGGAGGAAAAAGUGAAAACCUUGAAAGCGCAGAACUCGGAGCUGGCGUCCACGGCCAAUAUGCUCAGGGAACAGGUGGCACAGCUUAAACAGAAAGUCAUGAACCACGUUAACAGUGGGUGCCAACUCAUGCUAACGCAGCAGUUGCAAACGUUUUGAGGAGAGGCUGUUGGGGGCUGAGGGGCAACAGAGAAAAAAAAAAAAUUCACCCAGAGAGACAGACUUGAGAACUUGACAAGUUGAGAGAGAAAGAGAGAGAGAAAAGUGUCCAAGGACUAAAGCCAAGGGUAUCCAAGUUGGACUGGGCGGCGUCCUGACGGCGCCCCCAGUGUGCACGAGUGGGAAGGACUUGGCGCGCCCUCCCUUGGCGUGGGGCCAGGGAGCGGCUGCCUGCGGGCUGCCCCGCUUUGCGGAUGGGCUGUCCCCGCGCGAACAGAACGUUAGACUUUUCUUUAACAUUGACCAAGAACUGCAUGGACCUAACAUUCGAUCUCAUUCAGUAUUAAAGGGGGGAGGGGGAGGGGUUACAAACUGCAAUAGAGACUGUAGAUUGCUUCUGUAGUACUCCUUAAGAACACAAAGUAGGGGGGGAGGGGUUGGGGGAGGGGAGGCGGGAGGGAGUUUGUGAGCGCGAGGCUGAGCCUGCAGAUGAACUCUUUCUGGCCUGCCUUCCUUAACUGUGUAUGUACAUAUAUAUAUUUUUUAAUUUGAUGAAAGCUGAUUACUGUCAAUAAACAGCUUCAUGCCUUUGUAAGUUAUUUCAUGUUUGUUUGUUUGGGUGUCCUGCCCAGUGUUGUUUGUAAAUAAGAGAUUUGGAGCACUCUGAGUUUACCAUUUGUAAUAAAGUAUAUAAUUUUUUUAUGUUUUGUUCCUGAAAAUUCCAGAAAGGAUAUUUAAGAAAAUACAAUAAAAUAUUGAAAAAGUA